AAAAAGAACUGAAAGUUUUCCUCCAACUCAAAACCGUUCAAUCAUUUCUUUUAUCUUUAUCCUCACUGAGAACCAUAGUUUUGGGCCAAUUGGUGAAGAAAAGCGUGCCACUACCAAGCAGUACCGGGGUCUGUCUCCAAUUCAUCCCAGAUAAGUUUAUCAGCGUCUCCGAGCCGGAGUAAGUGCCCAAACCCAGCAUUGCCGAACCAACUGGAACCCACUCGCUGGCUUCCCCUGCUGCCCGUUAUCGCCGAUUAUCGUGAACACGAGAGAAUGACGGGAAAAAGCGAUACUGUCCAGGCAGGGAACGCCUGCCCAGCUAGCGACGUUAGCUACGCCACAACCGACUCGUCCACGCUCUCGUUCCCCAACCCCGAAAAGCAAUCACCCCCGUCCAGCUCCAGUGACACCAUCCCCGCCCACACCGCCAAUGACAUCGAAGCCGCCCACAAUGACACCACCACCACCACCACCAGAUGCCAAUACGGCACCGCCGCCAUCCCCAACGAAAAGGACGGCCCCCCUUUCGACGACGCCGACCUGCCCACCGCGGCAGCCCUGACGCUGCACCCGUCGGCGGCGACGACGAUCGACUUCCCCGAGGGCGGGCUGACGGGCUGGCUGGUGGUGCUGGGGUCCUUCUGCGCGAUGCUGUCGCUGUUCGGGCUGAUCAACUCGGCGGCCGUGUUCGAGUCGUACUUCUCGACGCACCAGCUGGCCCACAAGACGGCGUCCGAGAUCGGCUGGAUCUUCAGCCUGUACCUGUUCAUCGUCUUCUUCGUCGGCAUCCAGGUCGGGCCCUUCUUUGACCGCUUUGGCGCGCGCGUGCCGGUCGCUGUGGGCGGCGCGUUGAUCUUUCUGAGUUUGUUGCUGCUGAGCUGGUGCGACGAGUAUUACCAGAUUAUCCUUACGUACUCGGUGAUGGGCGGGUUGGGAGGUGCGAUGUUGAACAGCCCAGCUUACGGGGCCAUCGCGCACUUCUUCAACGCUCGCCGCGGGCUGGCUACGGGGAUCGCAUCAACCGCCGGCGGCGUCGGCGGCGUGAUAUUCCCCAUAUUGCUCCGAGAGCUGCUACCCAGUGUCGGGUUUGGCUGGAGCUGCCGCAUUCUGGCCUUCAUCAUGCUCGGUCUGGCGAUCCCGUCCAAUCUCUUUAUCAAGACGAGGUUGCCGCCCGCCAGGGGUCCUGAUGGCCGGCCCAAGGUGCAGUCUGUCUGGCCUGAUUUCACUGUCUUUAAGGACGCCCGCUUCGCGUUUGCCUCGAUUGGCAUCUUCUUUAUGGAGUGGGGCCUGUUCAUCCCUCUUACAUACAUCGUUUCAUUCGCUGCGGCCAAUGGCCAAGAUGCAACGGAGAGUUACCUGCUUCUGUCGUACCUGAAUGCCGGGUCCGUACUGGGGCGACUACUUCCUGGGGUUCUCGCCGACCGUUUCGGGCGGUUCAACGUUAUCAUCGUGACCAUCGCACUGUGCGUCAUCACGGUCCUGGCGUUAUGGUUACCCGCGGGGACAUCGGAAGCUGUGUUAAUUGUGUACGCCGUGCUCUUUGGAUUCGCGAGCGGGAGUAACCUAGGCCUGGUGCCCGUCUGCCUAGGGCAGCUGUGUGAUCACCGCCAGUAUGGCCGCCUCUUCUCGACCGCCAUGAUGGUUGCGAGUUUUGGGACCCUCAGCAGUGUCCCAAUCGGCGGCGCAAUUUUGGAUUCCGGAUCAUCGGAUGAGGCCUGGAGGAACCUAAUCAUCUUCGCGGGCGUCGCGUAUGUCGUUGCGCUAGGGUGCUACACCACCGCCCGCGUGCUGGCCAUUGGAUGGAGCCCUCGGAAGAUUUUCUAGAGCAUCCAAACGGUGCGUUACGAUAUGGGUAGAUAGAUUUCGAUACCCUGGGUAGCGGGUGAGAGUCCUUGGAUAACAUUUUAAUAGCGGGAGCGAGACUUGGAAACCGGGCUGAUUCCACAAAAGAAAAGGAGGAACGAAGCGGGGUAAAAAAAGAAAUAAAAGUUUUGAUAACGAAGCUUGCAUCAACGGUUCCUUUCUUUAUUGUGUAUGGUACACUCUGAGUCUUGGACGGUCUCAUUAAGCAUUGCACUGCCCCC